AUGGAAGAACCCACCAUGGCCGGACCCCCCAUCGAACUACCGAUAAUCGACAUUUCGAACCCCUCCGACCCCGCCGUGGGAAAGGCGAUGCUAGACGCCGCGGCCAAGUAUGGAUUCCUCUAUGUGAACAGCAAGGGCACGGAUUUCGCCCCGGAAGAUGUGAAGAGGGCUUUUGGUUUAUCAAAGGAGUUCUUCAUGUCUCCGGUAGAGGAAAAGGAGACUUGUCGGAUCGAACCGAAUAACCGGGGAUGGUCUGGUAUGCAUGUAGAAACCUUGGACCCGGAGCAUCAGCGGACAGGAGAUUUCAAAGAAGGCUUCAACUUCGGCGAAUUCAAGAACGGCAAAGCCCAGCAACCUCUGCCGCCAUCGCUGGCACCGCAUGAGUCCGAGAUCGACCAUUUCGCAAACCUAUGCCACAAAACCUGCGACCGGAUCCUCAAGCUCCUGGCGCUUGGUCUUCAGAUCCCCGACGAUUUCUUCACGACCCGCCAUGAUCCCAGCCUAGGGUCAACGGGCAGUAUCCUGCGAUAUCUUUACUACCCAUCGAUCUUCUCCCCAGCGACGUCCUCCUACAAGCACGACCAGGACGUGCGCGCAGGAGCCCAUUCCGACUACAGCAGUAUCACGCUCCUGUUCCAGCGUCCCGGACAGCCGGGACUCGAGAUCCUGACGCCCGAAAAGACCUGGGCCCCUGUGCCCGUGCAGCCGGGACAAACCGCCGCCGUCACAGAGAGCUCGGCGACGGAGGAGUUCGUCUUCCCGCCGAUCCUAGUCAAUAUCGGUGACCUACUCAGUUAUUGGACGGAUGGUCUGCUCAAGUCGACCGUUCAUCGAGUCGUUUUUCCCUUGUCUGAGCAGCGGAGUCCGAAUCCCCGUGAUCGGUAUAGUGUCGUGUUCUUUUGCCAUCCGCUGAACAAUACGGAGUUGGUCCCCGUUCCCAGCGAAGUGGUGACUGCGUAUCGCAAGAAAUGCGAAGAGCAGGGGGUGUACGACGAGAAAGUCGGGUUCGGGGGUGGCGCCGGGAAAUUGGAGCCAGGCAAACGCGCGCUAACAGCCUUUGAGCAUCUGGAGUCGCGAUUGGAGGCAACGUACGGCUUCAAGAAAGAAGAAUCGUAA